GCGACUUUGGUCGCAGUUCUUGGUUGCCCGUGAUCGCCAUGGGCAGUCAACUCUGCUCCACGGCAUCCACGGAGCCGCGCGAACUCCACGAUGCUGCGGCAUUGCAAGCCAUGAAGGUUCAAGGGGUGUCCAACAGCCAGUGGACGGUGCUGCUCCAAAAGCACCCUGGAUCGUCCUUGGGAAUGGAUGUGGACAUGUUCGAAGGGAAGUCCUUGAUUGUCUACUUGGUGUGCGAGAAGGGCCUGACGGCCGACUGGAAUGCUGCUCAUCCAGAGAAAGCCAUUCAAAAGGGCGACCGAAUCCUCUCAGUGAACGGAAAGAAGGGCGAUGCAUGGCUCAUGGCGCAUGCAUGCAUUGAUGAUGAGGUCCUGGAUCUAGUGAUGCAACGAUCUGAGAACAGCUCCUUGAAACUCUGAGCUGCGCAGGGCUCGCGCCUGCGGUUCAAAAGAUCCAGCAACGGACUGGUGCAGUCCGAGGUUGAAUUAAGAAAGCCACCGUCGUGGAAACCAAAAUAGAGGAGUUGAAACUUGCAAUCUCAAUUUC